GAGCGUGCAAAGCGCGAGAAGGAGGAGAAGGCGGCCACUUUGAAAAGGGAUAAGAAGACGGUCUCUAAAACCUCGGUGACAAAAAUCCCGUCACUUUCGCGAGUUGGUCAACCUUCAAGCAUCAUUGUUGAAGUUGCUGGACAUGACCAAUUAGAAAUCACAAUCACAGAUAACAAAAAGAAGCAGAUUGGCACAGAACUCAUCGAAAUUGAGCCCGGUGUAAUGCAAGUGAACUUUACACCUCAGGUUGUCGGAGAUCAUGACAUCGAGGUUAAAUAUGGUGGAGUGCCCGUAACGGCCAUUCCAUUCACAUGUAGAGCGUAUGAUCCGACAAAAAUCAAAGUUGGUGCAAUUCCUAAGGGCCUUUUGGAUAAGCCCGUUUAUUUCACAGUGGAUGCAUCCGAAGCCGGAGUGGGAAACCUUGAAGUAGCUGUGAAUGACGGGCGUGUACCAUCCAUGGCCCAUGCCCUUGGUCAACAUCGCUAUGACAUAUCAUUUGUACCUAAGGAGAAUGCUGAUCACACCAUUACGAUUAGAUUCAACAACGAACCGGUGCCAGGCUCACCAUUCACUUGCCAACUUGUGUCUGCAGCUCAAGCUUCCGCCUCAGGACCAGGGCUUGAACGAGUACCUGUUGAUGAGUUGACUGAAAUCAAAAUUCAAACCAGUGUUCGCGAUCCACAAGGUAACGACCUCCCCGUAGACAUUUCACGCAGUCGCCAUGAUGACACCAUGUGUGUAGCUACUUACACUCCAAAAUGUGUCGGAAACCAUCAGGUUGACAUAUCGAUGCUUGGUGAGCCUAUUGCCGGCUCUCCUUUCACAGCCAAAGCUUAUGAUGCGAGAAUGGCCCGGCUUAGCCAGUGCGAUCAGGCCAUCGUUGGAAAGCCAUGCACUUUCGCCAUAGAUGCUGCCCGAGCUGGAGCUGGCAACAUGGAGAUUAUAGUAUCGGUGGAUAAUCGUAAUGUACCGAAUUUUGUCCAAGCUGAGGGCCAGGCAAAAUUCAAGGUGUCCUUUACACCGCAAGAGGCUAAAGAGCAUGUCAUAAGCGUACGAUUCAACGGUGUUAGCGUGCCAGGAUCGCCAAUGAGGUGCAUGGUCGAGAAUGCACCUUCAUCUGCACUUGCGGCGGCACCGCUCGCUACCAUGGCUCCGUCGGUGUCAACGGGAUUGACGGGGGUUCCUCUAGAGCGACAUGUUGUCGAGCGUACGGAACGUACGGAACGCUAUACUACAGAUCGAAGUGCCGAGAAGACAUCGUUGAGCAGCGAUCUGAAACAUGCACAGGUCAGAAUAAGCAAAACCACGGUUUAUAUUAGGUUGUUUCAAAAGUUCUACUCACUUUCGAACUUUGGAUUUGAUUUAACAUAA